UAAAAACAUUUAAAGUGUUGAAACAAAUUUGAAAACAACAAACACUAAAGUCGUGGUGUGUUUUAAACUCAAGAGUUGAUCCAAUGAGUGAACAAUCACUUGAAACGCCGUUAUUUCCUUUGUAUUUAUUCAAAGAUGAUUUCGAGUCAGUCUACGAACCAUCGGAGGACACAUUUGUGUUGAUGGACGCCAUCGAAAAGGAUCUGAUGAUAAUCAAAGAGAUGGAUCCAUUGAUUUGUGUCGAAGUUGGCUGUGGUUCGGGUGCUGUCAUCACAUCAGUGGCUAAAUGUUUGGAUCCAAACAAACGAUUAUAUUUUGGAACUGAUUUCAAUGGCAAAGCAUUAUUAACAACACAGAAGUGCGGUAUUGUUAACGGAAUCGACGGUUGUAUUCAAUUGGUUGGCACUGAUCUGACACAAGCUAUUGAAGAGCGACUCAAACAUAGCGUAGAUUUACUUAUAUUUAACGCUCCUUACGGACCAACUGAUCCACAAGAAGUUGGUAUCAGUGAUAUAAGCAGCGCGUGGGCCGGAGGUCUCAAUGGUCGGCAAGUAAUCGAUCGGUUUUUAAGGACAGUACCCAAACUUUUAAGUCAUAAUGGAUUUUGUUAUUUAAUAGUUAUUAAAGAGAAUAAUAUCAAUGAAAUUAAAAAUAUUAUGAAAUCAUUGGGUUUUGAGAUGACUGUUGUUUUAGAAAGAAAAACAUAUUUAGAAAUUAUUAUUGCAUUAAGAUUUAAAAGAUUACCGGUUAUUGUUUAA